AUGAGAAAGGCAAUAGUUAUUGAUCCACGUGCUGGUUCAGUUCAUGUAACGACGGAAUUGAUCGGACAUUUUAGUAUCGAUAGUGAUUUGCAAUAUCGUGCUGAUUUAUCGCAACUAAAAUAUUAUAUUCCUCCUUUGGAUCCUGACAAUGUAAAUUUCGAUCUCAAUAUAAAUUGUGGAUUUGGGAUAAUUUUCAUCGAAUUGAGAGGCCAUUAUCAGAACAAGAACAGGAUGAAGAACGUUGAUCAUCCGUUACAUGAACCAGAUUCAUCAGUACCGCUUAAUGAAAGCGAAGAAUUUCACUGUAUGUUUAAAGCGAACUUUGCCGGUAUUUCGUUGUUAUACGAUGCAAAAAUAGAUGCUAUUUCUUCACAACAGCUUAUAACGAAUACACUUAUUGGCAAACCUUUUGAAUCGAUCGGAUUGAAGAUGUUUCAAAUGCGUAUUAGACACAUGCGUAGCACACCUGGCAUUAUAUCAAAGUGCUGGAGUACGAAUUUCUUGGCGAAUGCAAACAGAAUUGUAGUUGGAUUUAGGGACGCAACUAACACAGUGAAAGUGAUAAAGGAGUAUUCUAUGGCUGAUCUGUUAAGGCUCUCAAAGCCUUACUGUGAUGUGGAACUAUGCAAAACAUACUUGACUGUGGUGCUUAAGACAAUCAAACAGUCCGUCACUAAAGAUUAUAAUAAAUGCAUAUAUAAAUUUCAUCGGCAACCAGUCAAGGAGACGAACAAGGAGGUUCUUCCUCUAGAGUUGACUGAAGAAGCUCCCAAUAACGAAAUGUAUCUCUUUUUAAAGCCGUGGUUUGUUGCUAAAGCAGAGGAAUACAGGCGUACCCAGCAAAGAUAGAAGUUUAGAUAGAUUUCAUAUGGAAAGAGAUAUUACACAUAUAUAUACAAGUGUAAGAGAUCCCUACCGGAAAUUUCUAACAAAUGCGCGGUAUAAAAGAAACUUGUCCGUUUACUAUAUGUACUUUUGAAAUCGCGGUAAUUCCUCACAAAUAAUGC